CCGUUUAAGCUGGUACUCUUACCCUUCUGUGUACAUCCCAAAAUAAUAUCAGGACUUGAAUACAUGCUUUCUGUCCACGUGACAAUGGUUCUAGAUAGCUACUGAGUUUAUUAAUUUGGUUUUGUAUGUUUUGUUUCUGUGAUUAUGUGUGCAUAUCAGAUGACUAGACUGGCCCAGCUGUAAUACUACACUAGCCUGAGUCAGGCAUUGUUUUCCAAGCCACUAUCCCCGAUCGGGCCAGCGAAGCCUUCAGUGGGGAAUGUGACCAGGAGAAUAGCCCGCUGAGCCUUCCAAGAUGGACACCUGUCUCUAUUUAUUAUAUUUUAUUUUGGUUUGUUAUUAUUUUUUUCAUACUCUUCCAUUCUGUCCACUCUUCACUGUCUCUAUCUAGAAAGUACAAUAUUGUGUUGUUUUGUUAUUUUGGUUUGUUGUUUUUAUUAUUGUCCCACCCCCACCUUCCCUCUUUCUCCGCUGCAGCUGCAUCUUGUUUACGGUUGAUCUCUUCAGGUUGCUGCUGCAAAACAGGAUGCAUAUCAUACAUGGGACACUAUGAGGAUUACUAACCUUUUCAGGGUCAUUCUUCCAAAAUCUUUUAGUUUUCUGUUACUGUUAUAACAUAUAGAGACAGAUAUGUUUUUAUACAGUUGAUUUAUUCAUAAUUAUAUUUUUUGCUUUGACCUUUUCGAUUAUUGCAUUGAGCUGUACACUAUUGUAACUCCAAAUUAAGUAAAAAGGAAGCGUAAAUGUUUUUGUUUUUAUAUAUAGCGAAAUAGUUCAAGUUCUGGAUAACCUUACCUAAAUUUGUUGUUCUUCUCUGUAUCUGAUGUUCUGUGUGCUAUUAGUGAUGCAGCCAUUGGGGUUGUCUUGUGUUGCACAACAUUCCAACACUGCGAAACGAUCGCCCACGGGAAAGCGUCCAUGCUUGAUAUCGUAUGGUUCAUGACCAAUAUCUUACCAGUACAGGGAAAAUCCCAGAAGAGGCAAAGGCCUUGUCACUAUUGGCACCUGCCACUCCCAUCCCCAGUCUGAUUUCUGGUGGAGGACUGCUGCCAAUUCCAGCUCCUGCUCCUCUUCAAAAUUUGAACCUUCCGUUUGUGAAUCGGAUUUCAGCUGGUGUAGAACAGAUUGCAGCUAUUCAGUCCCAGCCACCAUUGAUGGGAAAUGUUGAUCCUACAAAAAUUGAUGAGAUAAGGAGGACUGUAUAUGUUGGCAAUUUAAACUCACAGACUACUACUGCUGAACAGCUGCUAGAGUUCUUCAAGCAGGUGGGGGAUGUAAAGUUUGUACGAAUGGCUGGAGAUGAGACUCAGCCCACCCGCUUUGCAUUUGUUGAGUUUGUACAGCAAGAAUCUGUCGCCAGAGCCCUCACUUUCAAUGGAGUCAUGUUUGGAGACAGACCAUUAAAGGUUAAUCAUUCCAACAAUGCUAUUGUAAAGCCCCCUGAAAUGACACCCCAGGCUGCUGCAAAGGAACUUGAGAACGUUAUGAGAAGGGUGAGGGAAGCUCAGUCCACGAUUGCUGCUGCUAUUGAACCAGACAAUAAAACGAGUUCGUCUAGUUGGUCAAGAAGUUCACGCCGCUCACGAUCACGCUCUGGUCUGCGAAAGAAGAGGUCUCGCUCAAAACACAGAUCAUCCCAGAAGGUGUGGCCCAGUGACUCCCACAGUUCUCGAGGCAGCCACAGGUGGCGUACUCGUUCCAGGGACCGUAAGCAUAGCCGCAGUCGUUCUAGAGGUCAGAAGAGGAGGAGCAAGGAUCGGUCACGAAGCCCUCGUCGAAAACCAACAUCGCCACUCAAAAGAAGUAAGAAAGCAAAAAGGAGGGAACGGAGUAAAGAAAGAAAAAGCCACUCUACAUCAAAAAGAAACCGGAAGGAUGUGAACGCAUUAAAGGGCAAGAGAAAAUCAAUAAAGGUGGAAAGAUUAUCCAAACGGGAGGAAAAGAGAGUGUACGUAAGUGACAGAGAAGACUCGUCCACUCCUUGUGAAGAAGUAUCGUCCCCAUUCACCCAGCAUAAUGGCAGCUACAGAAAUCAAGUGUCUAUGGCUGUGUGAUCAUCACUAUGGUAAUACAUGGUAUUUACAUUAUUUUGUAUAUCUUUACAGAAGUCAGUUUUAUUAUCUUUUAAUUGUGCCACAAGCAAUUAAGCACAAAACUCAAAGCCUUUUAAACUUUGGAAUGGAAUUAACAUCAUUACAUUUAACCUUUGAACUCAUGCUAUAAUGGUAGCUCUGACUUUUAACCAUUACUGUCAGUAUUUAUGUUUUUCUUGAAUUAUUUUUGUGUUUGCGCUGUUCAACAAGUAGACAAAGACAGUGCAAAAAAGUGCACUUUAUUAGCAAAUAUAUAUUUGUAAUGUAGUUUAUUUUAUUUAGUCUGAAAUUCCUGCAAUAAAUCCAGGGAGGAAAAUCUACAUUCAGAUUUAAAUACUGAAGAAUAUCAAUUUAUAAUGUGGUUAUUUUGCAAGUAUUGUAACUACUUGUAUCACAGAAUCUGUAAACCUUUAAUGUCUGAGGCCUAUAUGUUCAUGUGAUUUUUAUAACAUAGGUUGUUAUGCAGUGUAACUGUAUAGAUAUGUUGCUGCUUUAUUUUUUAUUGAUGGGUUGAUUUCAUUUACACUUUCCUUUAUAUUUGUGCUGUAAAUAUAAAAGAUGUAAAACACAUAAAUGUAUAAAAUGUUAGUAUUUUUAUGACUAUAGAAUAUAACAGUACACUAUUGUUCUUAGUAAGAUGAGAGAAACGUUACAGGUCAGGACAGAUGCAUUAAGGACCUGUCCUAGACUAGUCUGUACAUAUGCAAAUAAAAAAUAACAUCUCAAAAA